CCAGGCAUGUUAACAAUGCGAAGGGCCCUUCGAGUCCACCAUUCUUUCAGAAACUACACCUCUCUUUCAAUCCUUCGUUACUUCAUUUCUGCAACUCGAACCCUCGAGAAUUGCAACGCUGAUCGGAUCAAAUUCCUCAUAUACUGCAAUUCCCAGAUAUCGGAAAAUGGCCGGAAAGGAAACAUUGAAGAGGCUGAGUCAAUUUUUUAUGGCAUGUCCGCUAAAAAUAUUGUAUCUUGGACGGCAAUGCUCUCGGCGUACGGUCAAAACGGGCUGCUCAAGAAAGCCCGUGACCUGUUCGACAAAAUGCCACAACGAACAGUUGUGUCGUGGAAUGCGAUGUUAACGGCUUAUAUGAGGAGCAGAGUUGAGAUUGAUGAGAUAUUCAAGUUUUUCCGGUCAAUGCCAGAGCGAAAUGCAGUGUCUUUUGCGGCUAUGGUCACGGGGUUUGUUAAUGCAGGGAGGUUCAUUGAGGCUGAGAAAUUGUAUCACAAGACUCCAGUGGUUUUCCGUGAGCCAGUCUGUUCAAAUGUGCUGAUAAAUGGGUACUUAAAGAAUGGGAAGUUGGAGGAGGCAGUUCAGGUUUUUGAGAGUAUGGUGGAAAAGGAUGUUGUUUCUUACAGUUCAAUGGUGGAUGGGUACUGCAAAAAUGGGAAUCUUACUGAGGCUAGGAAGUUGUUUGAUGUGAUGUGGGAGAGAAACGAGGUAACUUGGAGUUCUAUGAUCAAUGGGUAUAUGAAAGUAGGGUCCUUUGAGGAUGGGUUUGAAUUGUUUCUGCAAAUGAGAAGGGAAGGUGAGAUGAGGGUUGAGCCGACUACAUUCACUAUAAUUUUCGAAGCUUGUGGGAGAUACUGUAAAUAUGAACUAGGUUGUCAAAUUCAUGGAUUGGUCCUACGUUUAGGACAUGAAUGUGAUGUUUUCUUAGGCAAUUCCAUCAUAACCAUGUAUUCUAGAUUUGGUUAUAUAAACGCAGCUAGAAGUACAUUUGAUGCAAUGAUACAUAAGGAUAUAAUUUCAUGGAAUUCUCUUAUUAGCUGUUAUGUUCAAGGUGAAAGACUUGAAGAGGCUUAUGAACUUUUUGAGAUGGCCCCAGAGAAGGAUGUGGUUUCUUGGACCACUAUGAUUAUGGGGUUUUCUAACAAAGGGUUGACUGAGAUGUGCAUCUCUUUGUUCAAAAUGAUGCCCGAGAAAGAUGUCGUUGCUUGGUCUACUCUGAUUUCUGGGUUUGUACAUAAGGGCGAAUACGAGGAAGCUAUUUGCUUGUAUAUAGAGAUGCUUAGAAGUGCAGUUAGACCAAAUUCUAUUACUUUAUCCAGUAUGCUCAGUGCUUCAGCUGGGUUGGCAGCAUUGAAUCAGGGCUUGCAGGUACAUGCUCAUGUUUUCAAACUGCGUUUGGAAUAUGAUUUGCUAAUCCAAAGCUCCCUCGUCUCAAUGUAUUCCAAGUGCGGAAGCCUAAACGAUGCGUAUAGAAUAUUCAAAUCUGUCAGGGAACCCAACAUUUUUAUUUUUAAUGCCAUGAUAACUGGAUUUGCCCAAAAUGGUUUAGGCAAUGAAGCACUUAUAUUAUUCAAAGAGCUGGAGAGUGAAGGUGAAAAACCAAACGGCAUUACCUUUAUCGGUGUUCUCUCAGCCUGUGCACACACCGGGAUGGUAGAAGAAGGAUGGAACUACUUUAACUCCAUGAGAUCAUUAUAUAUGAUAGAACCAGAACUUGACCACUAUGCGAUCAUGGUUGAUAUCCUUGGUAAAGCGGGUUUGCUUGAUGAGGCAAUGAGUUUGAUCAAUUCGAUGCCACUCGAGCCCCACUCUGGGGUUUGGGGUGCUCUUCUCAGUGCAAGUAGGACUCACUUGCGACUUGAUCUCGCUAAGGUUGCAGCUGAGCAUAUUUGUAAGUUGGAGCCGAGUAACUCUGCUCCUUAUGUUGUGUUGUCAGACAUUUACUCUUUUCUGGGGAAGAAGGAGGAUGAGGAACAAGUAAGAUUGGCUAAAAAAUUGAAAAGGAUAAAGAAGAGUCCAGGUUGCAGUUGGAUCUUGUUGAAAAACAAUGUUAACAUGUUCCUGUCAGGAGAUCUUUCUCAUAUGAACUUUAAUGAGAUCAAGAUAACAUUAUGGAUGAUUACAGAUCAAAUGAAAAGGAUAUACAGUAUAGAUGACAAUGAGUUAUACUUUUAUAGUUGUUAAUAAACUUUGUGAACACAGAUAUGUUCUACUAUUAAUCAGAAUCAUCCACUUCUGGUUCAA